UUCUCUUCUCGUUGUCACAAUGAGUACUAAUUCUUCUUACUAUCUCACUUUCAAUGACGUUUUCGUCUCUUCUUCUUCUUCCCGUGAGCCUCUGGUUUCACGGAGGCUGUUUCUCUUGAGAAAUGUUCAAGUUCUUGAGCUCUUUAUCGCCCUUUUCGCCUUUGUCGCCAUACAUGCCUUGCGUCAGAAGAAACGCCAUGGUCUCCCAGUGUGGCCGUUUCUUGGGAUGCUUCCUUCUCUAGCUUUUGGCCUCAGAGGAAACAUAUACGAGUGGCUAUCCGAAGUUCUCUGUCUUCAGAACGGGACUUUCCGCUUUAGAGGACCCUGGUUUAGCAGCCUCAACAGCACUAUUACUUGCGAUCCAAGAAACGUUGAGCAUCUCCUCAAGAACCGUUUCUCUGUCUUCCCUAAAGGUUCUUACUUCCGGGACAACCUCCGAGACCUCCUAGGAGACGGAAUCUUCAACGCAGAUGACGACACUUGGCAGAGGCAAAGGAAAACCGCGAGCAUCGAGUUUCAUUCAGCUAAAUUCAGACAGUUAACCACUAAUUCGUUGUAUGAGCUAGUGCACAAGAGGCUCUUACCGGUUCUUGAAACUUCAGUCAAGAGCUCUUCUCCUAUCGAUCUACAAGACGUGUUGUUGAGAAUGACGUUCGAUAACGUAUGUAUGAUUGCUUUCGGCGUCGAUCCAGGCUGCCUCGGUCCUGAUCAACCUGUAAUACCCUUUGCGAAAGCCUUUGAGGAUGCGACAGAAGCCGCGGUUUUGAGGUUCGUCACUCCUACUUGCGUGUGGAAGCUCAUGAGGUAUCUUAAUGUAGGAACAGAGAAGAUGCUAAAGGAGUCAAUAAAAGGUGUUGAUGAUUUCGCUGAAGAAGUUAUCAGGACGAGGAAGAAAGAACUGUCUCUUGAGGGUGAAUCAACAAAGAGAUCAGAUCUCUUAACGGUGUUUAUGGGUUUGAGAGAUGAGAAGGGAGAGAGUUUCUCAGACAAGUUUCUUCGUGAUAUCUGUGUAAACUUCAUACUUGCUGGGAGGGAUACUUCUUCGGUGGCUCUGAGCUGGUUCUUCUGGUUGCUAGAGAAGAAUCCGGAGGUUGAACAGAAGAUCAUGGUGGAGAUGUGUAAGAUUCUGAGGCAGAGAGAUGACCAUGGAUAUUCAGAGAAUAUAGAUUAUGAGCCUGUCUUUGGACCAGAAGAGAUCAAGAAGAUGGACUAUCUACAAGCUGCUUUGUCUGAAGCUCUCAGAUUGUAUCCUUCAGUUCCUGUGGAUCAUAAAGAGGUCCAAGAAGACGAUGUAUUUCCAGAUGGAACAAUACUGAAGAAAGGAGAAAAAGUUAUAUACGCGAUUUACGCAAUGGGUCGUAUGGAAGCUAUUUGGGGAAAAGACUGUCGUGAGUUUAGGCCAGAGAGGUGGCUGAGAGACGGACGGUUCAUGAGUGAGUCGGCCUAUAAAUUCACGGCCUUUAACGGUGGUCCACGCCUUUGUCUAGGCAAAGAUUUUGCUUAUUAUCAGAUGAAAUCUGUGGCGGCUGCAAUAGUUUACCGGUACAAGGUGAACGUGGUGGAGGGUCACAAAGUGGAACCAAAGCUGGCUCUUACAAUGUACAUGAAACAUGGCUUGAUGGUGAAUUUAAUCAAAAGGAGUGUCUCCGAGAUAGAACAAUACUAUGCCAAGUCUAUUGAUGUGGGCAAUUUUAUUACUGUUUAGUGUUUGAGAUUUGUUAAUUAGUUAAGAUGGUGAUCAUAAUUAAGAAUAUUGUUUACUUAUUUUUGGGUCAUUUGAAUUUUUAAUAAUGUAUUUUUUUUUUCAUUAUCUUGGUUAGUCGAUGAUGUGUAUAGUCUAUAUGGGUUUAUUAGUUUGUGACUUUGUGGAAAUGAGGAGGAGGUUGAUUGGUUAUAUCAAA